UCAAUAUCAUCACCACACUUUACACAGUAGACUACUACGACAAGCUACUGAUUUCAACCACACUCGGGGUCCAAUUACCUACCCCAAUCCCUCAUUUCCUUCAUCACCCGCUCUCCCUACACACCCCACCAACCAAUCCCUCCCCCCUCCUCCGGGAAACUCACCAAAAUGGUCGACAUCCUCCCCCUCAGCAGCUACCCCUCCUACAUCGACCUCCUCCCAUCGAUCCAAACCUGCAACAUCACGAACCUGCCCGAGAACUACUUCCUAAAAUACUACCUGUACCAUGCUCUGACCUGGCCCCAACUAUCCUUCGUGGCCGUGGUGCGGCCCAAGAACGGCUACAGCAAGUAUACCUCGGAAAAGGGCGCCGGCAGCGCCGCAGAACAAUACCCCAAGGUAGUGGGGUACGUGUUGGCGAAGAUGGAGGAGGAGCCGACGGAUGGGGUGCCGCAUGGUCAUAUCACGAGUAUUUCUGUGAUGAGGACGCAUAGACGGUUGGGUAUUGCGGAGAGGUUGAUGAGGAUGUCUCAACGCGCAAUGGCCGAAUGCCACCGCGCACAAUACGUGUCCCUGCACGUGCGCGUAUCCAACAAGGCGGCCCUGCAUCUUUACCGCGAUACGCUGGGAUUCCAGGUCGACAGUGUCGAGAGCAAGUACUAUGCGGAUGGGGAGGAUGCGUACGCGAUGCGCAUGGAUCUGUCGGGGAUGUUUAUCGAUUGGGCGGAGAUUGAGCGGAAGGAUCGCGAGCGGGCGGAGAAAGAUGAGAAGGAUGCGGAUGAGGGAGAUGAGGUGGGUGAGUUGGGGAAGAAGGAGGAGAAGGAGAGUAGUGAGAAGAUGGUUAAGGUGAAGGUUGGGCGUGGGUUGGGAGUGGGGGAUUUGGUUGAGAAGAAUGAGGCACAGGGUUCUUCUCAGUAAAUGCUCUUGCUUAAUUCUAGGUAUCGGGGAAAAAAGAGUGGGGGUUGCCUUUCUUGUAUAAAAUAGAUAUUAUACGAUGGUUUUUGGUAGAUCCUGGUAUUGGUUAUGGGAUUGGUUGGUGCAUGGCUCUAGAUUUCGUGUUGAACAAGCAUGCUAAUUAC